UACUACUGAAAUCAACUAUCAAGUCGAUAGGCUUUGGAAUGCUCUGAUAGUAAUGCUUAUAAGUUAUAAUCAAUUUACUAUUAAUUAAUGUUCUAUAUAAUAUACAUUUAAUACAAAAACACAGUACCUAGGUACCUAUAUUGUUAACUCAAAAAUUAUCAUCGAAUCAUCAUAUUGCAAUCGGAUAAAAACCAAUUAUAUAGAUUCGGAGCCAAGUUGAAGAAAUUAUUACAGAUUGCACUAUAUUAGAUCUAUUAACAGAUAUUUUAAUUUAAAAAAGAAAAUGAAUAAAUAUUCAGAGAACAUAGAAAUUAUUUGUGCAAGAGAAGAACACAUACCAAAUAUAAAAUCAACAAUGAAGGAUUUUUAUUUAGAUGAACCAGUUUUUAAAGCUCAGAAAAUAGAUGUUGAAAAAUUAGAUAAAAGCUUUUAUGAAUAUAAAAAAGGCGACUUCACAUUAGUAGCCAUUGAUAAAAAUAAUAAAGCUGUGGCAUCUCUUGCCAUAAAUAGUAUAACAAAACCUGAUAAUGCAUUGAAACAAAAAAUUCAUGCUGAUCUAUACAAUAAAAGCAACAUAGAUUUAUAUAGUGCUUUAAGAUUCUGGUCAUCAAUUCAGAGUGAGCCAUGUCUAUUCAAAAUGUUAAACGUAGACACAAUGUGGGAGAUUAAAACCUUAGCAACAGCACAACAAUACCGAAAUCUUGGAUUGUCAACAGUGGUGGCAAAACAAUCAUUUGAAGCAGCUUUGCUCAAUGAUGAUAUCUCAGUUAUUUGCAUGGACUGUACUAAUUACUUCAGUGCAAAAAUAGCGAAAAAUCUAGGAAUGGAAUGUGUAGUAAAAAAACAUUUUAGCGAAUAUACAGAUGAUAAUGGGCACCCUUGGAUUAAGAACAUACCCGAUCCACCAAAUGAUACAGUAAACGUAUUUAUUUUUAAGAAAAAGAAUUACAAAAAUUAAAUUUAAAAUAUUGUCUUGGUAAAAAUAUGACAAGUAAAUUAAUUAUUGCACUUAA